AUCUUCUCGUUUCCACACCACCACAUCACACAGAAAAAAACCGUCUCUGCGCAUAGCCAAAUCGUCUCAAGCAAUGAAGGCCACCUUGCUUGCCCUCUUCCUUGUCCUCGCCUUCACCUCAGCCAAAGCUGAUUUUGUGAUUGACACUGAAGGCAACCGCAUGAGAAAUGGCGGCCAAUACUACAUCCUCCCAGCCCAUGAGGGAAACGGCGGCGGCAUCGACCUCGCUGCUACCGGCAAGGAAUCUUGCCCUCUUACCGUUGUCCAGACCCCCUCUGAACAAUCCAACGGCUUACCCACCAGAAUUUCAUCUCCAUACAGAAUCGCAGAUCUCCCCACAAAUUUCCCUGUGGAAUUCACGGUCGUUGCACCGCCAAAAUGUGCCCAGACGCCGGCGAAAUGGACGAUUGUGGGCAGAGAAGAUGAGAGAAGGGAAGUGAAACUUGCCGGGCACAAAAACACCGAGCGUGGUUCGUUUGAAAUUAGGACCCAUCGUGGUACGACAUAUAAGAUGGUGUUUUGUCCCAGUGAUGAAGAAUAUUCUUGUGCAGCUCUUGGGAUUUCCAAGGACAAGAAAGGAAACAGGCGUUUGGUUAUUGAUAAUGACAAUCCUUUCAUUGUUGUGUUUCAAAGAGCUGGAUCAUCUGCUGAAUGAAAGAGCUUUCUCUAUCGAAAUGGUGAUGAAGCCACAACUAGUUGCAAGCAGUUUAUAUAACUCCUUGCACUUACAAAAUAAUAUAUGAAAUAAUGCUUCAUCUGCCUUCCUUUUCUCCAUGUGUAUCUGAAGUCUAAAAUAAAUAAAAUUAUAUAUCUCAA